UGAAUAUUAUCUCUCAAUUUGUGUGGUAUACAAAUUGCUUUCCUAAAAAUCCUUUUUGCAUUUCCAACUUGUUUCUGCGUUUCACAUGGCUUCUUCAUCAUCUUCUUCUUCUCCAGUGAUUAUCAAUUGUGCACACGAUGUAUUCCUCAGCUUCAGAGGACACGACGUCCGCCGCAAGUUCCGUUCCCACUUUCUCAAGGAGCUCGACCGCAAGUUAAUCACCUUCAAGGACGAUGAGAUGGAAAGAGGCCGAUCUAUUGCGCCUGAGCUUAUCAAGGCCAUACAAGGAUCCAGGAUCUCAGUUGUAGCGUUUUCCGAAAACUUUGCAAAUUCGAGCUGGUGCUUGGAUGAGUUAGCUGAGAUUAUGAGGUGCAGAGAAGAACGAGGCCAAAUCGUGAUACCCAUUUUCUACGACGUGGAUCCUUCUCAUGUCAGGUAUCAAACCCACGCCUUCGGAGAGAUCUUCGAAAAGACUUGCAAAGGCAGAAAGGAGGAAGAUAAACAUAUGUGGCGGCAGGCUUUGACCCACGCAGCCAACAUAGCCGGAGAGGAUUCUCGGAAUUGGCCUGACGAAGCUAAAUUGGUCGAGAAAGUCGUCAAUGAUGUUUCAAGCAAACUGAAUUCAACAACAUCCAAUGAUUUUGAGGACAUGGUGGGAAUCAAAAGUCACAUGAAAAACAUGAAUUCAUUGUUGAAUUUGGAGUCAGAGGAGGUGAUCAUGGUAGGGGUUUGGGGUCUAUGUGGAGUUGGUAAGACUACCAUUGGACGAGCUCUCUUUAGUCAACUCUCCUGUCAAUUCCAAGGCAGCAUUUUCAUUGAUAAGACUAAGAAGAAUCUUACAAGGGCUAAAUCAGACGACUACAACACACAAUUGUACUUGCAAACACAGUUUCUGGCUGAGGUUCAGGACCAGAAGGACAUAAAGAUACAGGGUUUACGUGCGGUGGAAGAAAGGUUAGGACAUAAGAGAGUUCUUGUUGUUUUUGAUGAUAUGGAUGAUCAUGUCCUCUUAAAUGCCUUGGUGGGGAAAACUACAUGGUUUGGUCCUAGAAGUAGAAUUGUUGUAAUUUCAGAAGAUAGGGAGUUUCUAAAGGCCCGUGGAAUUGGAUCUGAUCGUAUUUAUGAGGUGGCUUUACCGUCGGAAGAGCUAGCGUUCCAGAUGUUCUGCCGAUGUGCAUUCCAUCAAGACUCUCCACCUGAUGGUUUUAUAGAGCUUGCUACUGAAGCUGUAAAGCUCGUCGGGAACCUUCCACUGUGUCUCAACUUCUUGGGUUCGUCCCUUGAAGGGGUGAAGAAGGAGGAGUGGGCAGAUAGGGUGCCUCAGAUCAGAAUUUUUAUGAGUAAACAGAUUGAUAAAAUAUUAAGAGACGGCUAUGAUAGGUUAAAAGAAGAAGAUAAGGCAAUAUUUCGUCACAUCGCUUGUUUAUUUAAUCAUAAGCCACGUGACUACGUGAUACGGUUGCUUGAAGAUAGUAAGUUGGAUGUUGACGUUGGACUCGUUACUCUAGCUGAAAGGUGUCUCAUAAAGAUAUCAGGGGAUAAUAUUAUUAGGAUGCACGAAUUCCUGCAAGAGAUGGGUAGAGAAAUCGUACGUCAACCAUGUAUUCAUGAGCCUGGAAAACGUGAAUUCUUAAUGGAGUGUCAGGAGAUUUGUGAUGUACUUGCAAAAGGAACUGGAACUAAAAGUGUUUUAGGCAUAUUUUUGAACUUAUCUGAAAUGAAGGAUACGUUAUGUUUUGGCGAGGAAGUAUUCGAAGGAAUGACAAACCUUCGGUUUCUAAGAAUCUACGGCAUCUCACAAGAGGAUAAAGAAAUUGGUUUGGAAUUUCGGCAUCUCAACCUUAGUACGUUGAAAUGGUGGGAUGGCUCACGUAAGCCUUUAAAGGAAGGCAAAUACUAUAUGGGGCGCCAGCUUAGAUUACUUGAAUGGUGGGGAUACCCAAUGUGGCGCUUGCCUUCUUACAUCUGUGCAGAAAACCUUGUUGAACUCAUAAUGCCGGAUAGCCGCCUUACGAUGUUGUGGACUGGGGUUCAGCUGCUUAAUAACCUCAAGAAGAUAGAUUUGCGGAGAUCUAAAAAGCUGAAUGAACUCCCAAAUCUUUCAACGGCCACCAAUCUCGAGGAACUGUAUCUUGAAGAUUGCUGGAGUCUGUGGAAGAUUACUUCCUCUAUUCGUUAUCUCAAGAAACUGAGGAAGCUAGACAUGAAAAGAUGCAAAGAACUGCUGCUGCUUCCAACCGAUAUUGACUUGGAGUCUCUCCAUUCCCUCAAUCUCAGUGGAUGCUCCAAGUUAGAGAGUUUUCCUCACAUUUCAAGGAAUAUUUCAAAUCUUGUUCUUGAUGAAACCAAGAUUGAAGAAGUUCCUGAAAGGAUAGAAGAUAUCUCUGGGCUCAAUUACAUAUUGAUGACCGGUUUCAGCAACUUAAAAUAUUUUUCUUCCAACAUUUCGAAACUGAAACAUUUUGAGAUGAUGUUGUUUACAGUGGUGACGACGACAUAUGAUAGUGGCAUCAUGGACAAUAGGACAAACGAUGUCUUCCUAAGCUUCCAUAGGGAAGAUGUUCGCAAAGCUUUUGUGAGCUACUUGCACAAGGAAUUUAUGAGAGACCAGGACCUGGCUACUAAUGUUGUAAACGAGAUAAGAUCUUCAAGAAUCGCAAUAGUCAUUCUUACAGAUAACUACAUGUCUUCGGAACGGUGCUUGGAUGAGUUGGUGGAGAUCAUAGAGUGCAGCGAAGAGAUUGGUCAAAAAGUGAUCCCCGUUUAUUAUGAUGUGGAUACUGUUAAUAUCAGCAGGCAGAUCCAAGACAUUAUUAAGACCGAAUCGUACCCACAAAAACUGAGACAAGCUUUUACUGUAGUAAGCCAACUUCAGGGAUAUAAUUUCUCAACCUGGGAUCCUGAAACUGCGGUGAGUCAAAUGCUGGCUGAUGAUAUAUCGUUUUCACCAAAAGAGUUAUUUGACAUGGAAACAUUAAAAGAGGAAUUCAAUGGUCUAGAGUGGAAGGAGAAGGUGUUGUUUUGUCACAUUGCUUGCUUUUUCAAUAAUGAGACAUAUGAGAAUGUGACGCAAUUGCUGAAAGACUGUGGGUUUGAUGUUGGAGGUAGUCUUGAGAUUCUAUAUGAAAAGUCUCUGAUACAGAUAUCAGUAGAGAGAGUCAUAAUUAUGCGUCCUGUGCUGCAAAAGAUAGGCAGAGAUGAAGUUCUUGCAGAAUUCAUUAACGUGCCUGCAAAUCGUCAGUUCUUGAUGGAUACUGAGGGUUGCGACCUACUUAUUGAUCUAACUGAUGAUACUAAAAGAAUGUACGGUAUCUCAUUUAACAUAUCAGAAAUGGAACAGAGAUUGGCAAGAGAUGAAAGACUCAAAGGAAUGAAAAGGUUGAAGGUUAUGAGAAUGUACAAGGACAGUUUGUACGGUAAAGAAGUCCGAGUUCAUUUAGUUAUAGGCCUCCACUCUUUGUGGGAGCGCCUGAGUAAUAUUUGAAGGAAAAGAGUAGUCACUCAGUAAGAUGGCUAUGGUCGGCUAAAGUGUUAUUCCACUUAUAGGUAGGGUUUGUUGCUUUAUAUUAAGGGACAUUUUGACAUAAUGUAGUUUUUGUCAUUUGUGUCAUAUAGUGCCCGGUUUUAUCCUUCUUCUUUAUAGGUACCAGGUAAAUGUGUUAAAGUGAAUAAUGUGUCCAAUAAAAUAUAAGGU